AUGGCUCAAUCCAAGGAUGCUGAGAACAAGGAUCUUGUCGACCUGUCGGCUCAUGUCUCUUACGAAGGAAGUUGUCAUUGCAAGGCCGUGCGCUUCGCUGCGAGACUGCGGUCUCCGUUAUCUGAAUCAACUGUGAUUUCUUGCAACUGUAGCUAUUGUCAUAUCGCCGGCAGUCUGCUCGUCUUCGUAGACGAUCUUGAAAUCCACCACGGUGCAAGUGAACUAAAGGAAUAUCGCUUCGGCACACGGACUAUACAGAUCUUCUUUUGCGGGUCCUGUGGUGCCAACGUGUACAACGAAUCACUGAACCCGAAGUUUAGACAUGGCGGACAUGCAGUGAAUGUGCGCCUUUUCCAUGGUAUUGAUCUGGAGGAUAUUAAGAUUACCAAGACCAACGGGAAAGCCUUACAUUUACCACCUUUGGAAGAGACACCGCUCUAG